CCCUUGCAUGAAUCCACAAUGAGGAGUUUCUUGUGUCUGCUCUUCCUUCCAGGUAUCUUGGGUAAUGGAAAUUUGUUGACCAUUGCCCCGAAUAAUCUCGCUACGUGGGAAGGAUCCUGUAUUCUGAUUCCGUGUAAGAUCGGCCUAACAUAUAAUCGGAUUCGGGUUGACAACUUUUUCCUGAUUUGGUAUUUUGACCCCGAGUAUGUUGAGACACUGAAAGAUUAUUCUGGUAUCAUGUUAUACAAUGGCUCCACUACCUCGGAGAACUACCUGACUCCAACAAGUCUCCACUUUCUGAAUCGGGUGAGUUUUGUUGGGAAUUUAACCAACAGAAACUGCAGCCUGAAGAUCUCUCAUCUCCAGAAAAAUGACAGUGGCAAAUAUGGAGCAAGACUUUAUGGCUUCGUUGGAAUCAAGCGUAAACUAGACAAAUGGUUUGCUGAUACAGUUGUUAAUAUUGAUGUGUCACCACCCAAACCCAUGAUAGAAAGCAGCAUGGCACAAAUCCGAGAACAGAGGCCAGUGACAGUGACCUGCUGGGUAUUUUACCAUUGCCCCGAUGAGCCAAUUAUCUUGACUCUCAGCGGCCUGGAGGAGAGUCGUAUGUCUUCCCAAAAAACAACCAAUAGAGAUGGAAAAGUCCAGACUGUUCUGCGUUUUACUCCAACUUGGGAGGAUCACAGGAAAAUGCUGACAUGCACUCUAAAAAGCCACAAUGGGACAGAGAUAUCCAAGAGCACCAUGACAUUGGAUGUGAAAUAUGGUCCUAAAAGAGUUAAACUGAGUGCUAUGCCUGGAAUCACAGUCUGUGAAGGGGAGAAACUCUCUCUUGCAUGUACAGUCAACAGUAGCAACCCUGGAGUUACGUACCAAUGGUACUGGAAGGAUGCCCGGAAGUAUGAAUGGACGACCCCCAUAAAGGAAUUUGAUUCUAUAAGAGAGCAAGAUUCUGGUGUCUAUCGCUGUACAGCUGAAAAUACAUUUGGAUUCGAUAGCUCAGAACUGACCAUCAAUGUCCAGUCUAACUGCCUGGACGGGCUACCCCAUGCCACCUCAGGGCCCAAACCCAAGAAAAAAGAUGAAGAGACACAGGCCUCCUCGCUACCAGGCUGCACCCUGGAACAGAUCUGCUCCUUGUGUCCGACGACUCAGGCUUCUCCCCAGCCUCAACCAUCCUCUCCAACUCCGCUUCCUCUUCCUUCCUCUUCUCAGAUACCCUGCAAGUGCAAUGCUUUCUGGGAAGAGUUCUACUCCACCAGGAAAUCGCAAGGUCAAAACAAGAUCCUUAGCAUGUUCAACGAAUUAAGAUCUGCAAUUGACAAACUCAUAAAUGAGCUGCAGCAAAUUUGGCCCUUGCAUGAAUCCACAAUGAGGAGUUUCUUGUGUCUGCUCUUCCUUCCAGGUAUCUUGAGUAAUGAAAAUUUGUUGACUAUUGCCCCGAAUAAUCUCGCUACGUGGGAAGGAUCCUGUAUUCUGAUUCCGUGCAAGAUCGGCCUAACAUAUAAGGGGACUCGGGUUGACAACUUUUUCCUGAUUUGGUAUUUUGACCCCGAGUAUGUUGAGACACUGAAAGAUUAUUCUGGUAUCAUGUUAUACAAUGGCUCCACUACCUCGGAGAAGUACCUGACUCCAACAGAUCCUCACUUUCCAAAUCGGGUGAGCUUUGUUGGGAAUUUAGCCAACAGAAACUGCAGCCUGAAGAUCUCUCAUCUCCAGAAAAAUGACAGUGGCAAAUAUGGAGCAAGACUUUAUGGCUUCGUUGGAAUCAACCGUAAACUAGACAGAUGGUUUGCUGAUACUGCUGUUAAUAUUAAUGUGUCACCACCCAAACCCAUGAUAGAAAGCAGCAUGGCGCAAAUCCGAGAACAGAGGCCAGUGACAGUGACCUGCUGGGUAUUUUACCAUUGCCCCGAUGAGCCAAUUAUCUUGACUCUCAGCGGCCUGGAGGAGAUUCGUAUGUCUUCCCAAAAAACAACUGAUACAGAUGGAAAAGUCCAGACUGUUCUGCGUUUUACUCCAACUUGGGAGGAUCACAGGAAAAUUCUGACAUGCACUCUAAAAAGCCACAAUGGGACAGAGAUAUCCCAGAGCACCAUGACAUUGGACGUGAAAUAUGGUCCCAAAAGAGUUAAACUGAGCGCUACGCCUGGAAUCACAGUCUGUGAAGGGGAGAAACUCUCUCUUGCAUGUACAGUCAACAGUAGCAACCCUGGAGUUACGUACCAAUGGUACUGGAAGGAUUCCCAGAAGUAUGAAUGGACGGCCCCCAUAAAGGAAUUUGAUUCUAUAAGAGAGCAAGAUUCCGGUGUCUAUCGCUGUACAGCUAAAAAUGCAUUUGGAUUCGAUAGCUCAGAACUGACCAUCAAUGUCCAGUAUCCACCAAAGGAUGUGAAGAUUGACAUGCUAACGGGGAUAAUCAAAGAAGGGGACAACGUGGUUUUGCGGUGCUCUUCCCGAGGCAAUCCUGCCACCAACCGCCAUGUCUGGUAUAAAUAUAGUGAGUCUGGCAUAAUUGGAACUGACGAGGAGCUGCGUUUUGAGGCGAUCCAGGCCAGAGAUUCCAGUACCUAUUACUGCAUAGCCUGCAACGGCAUUGGAAAUUCAACAUCCCCAUCCAUCACCCUGGAUGUUCAGUAUGCUCCCAAGAAUGUCCAGCUUAUCCUUAAUAGCCAUCAGCCCAUAACAGAAGGAGACACUGUCGCACUGAACUGCUCUGUGGGCAGCAGUAACCCCAGUCACAAGUUGUAUAAAUGGUACAAGUCAGAGAAACGUAUAAGUCAUACUCAGGAACUGUACACCUUUACUUCAUCACCUGAAAAGGUCAGCAUUUACAAAUGUGAAGUUUGCAACGAUAUCAGCUGUACAGCAUCUGCACCCGUCUCUGUGACAACACUCUUUGGCCCCAAGGAUGUGAAAGCUGUGCGAGAACCUCUGGAGCUGAUCACUGAAGGCAGCUUUGUGAAGCUGAGAUGUAAAGUGAGAGAAGCCAACCCCCAGGAGCUCACCUACAUAUGGUACAAAGAAGGGCAACAGCUGCAGCUGGACUCUACAGUGGCCAUCCCGAAAGUGACCCCAGAGCAUUCUGGCAGUUACUAUUGUAUAGCAAGCAACCAAGUAGGCUCAGCACAGUCCUCACCAGUUUGGCUGAAUGUCCAUUAUGGGCCUCGCAAUGUCCAUUUACUCCUGAGCACCCAGGAGGCUAUCAUUGAGGGGAUGAGUGUCUCAUUGAGAUGUGAUAAUGAUGCCAACCCACCAGCCAAUGUUUACACAUGGUACUGGAACAAACAGAAGCUCCAGGAAACUUCCAGGAUACUUCAACUUAAGAAAAUCCAGGUCGACCAGUCGGGAUCCUAUCACUGCAAAACUUCCAAUGGCAUCUCUGAGCAGGAGUCACCACCCAUGGGCGUCACUGUGUCCUACAGCAGAGCGACAGUGUUGAAGCGUGCCCUGAUUGGCCUGGGCAGUGUCCUAUUUGCAGUUUUCCUUCUGGGGUUGCUGUCUCAUGUGGUGCAGAGAUGGGGUUUGGAAGUGCUGGAGUCCUCUGGUGAACUGCCCCAAUGA